CUAUCAGGCUAAUUAUUAAUAUAUAGUAGUUAUGAGAUAUUUAGCUAGCAGGCUAUUAGCAUAGAUUAGCCUAGACUGUAAAUACUAGACUGUAUGUCAUCAUUUUGCUAACCGUAUCUGUGUGUAUUAUCUUAACGAUUAGCUUGCUAGCUAGUUAUCUGAUGACAUUACCCAGCAAUACAUAGUUCUUUUUUUUUAUUACGAUGCUGUCUAGCUAAUGUAUCUCUAGCUAUUUAGCUAGCUCUAGCCAUGAUGACUGUGGUCCUCAUGGUUGUCAUGGCUACACAGAAAAUGUUGGCUAAUAUUGUCUUUAAUAAUUAAUAUGUAUUAUCUGCAAAAGACUAGCCUGCUAGCUAGCUAGCUAUCUAACAAUUAGUAUGUAUUAUUUAUUAAUGACUAGCCUAAUAGCUAGUUAUCUAAUAAAUACUGUGUAUCAUCUGAUAAAGACUAGCAUGCUAGCUAGCAUGAAGGCUCAUAUUCUAGCUCACAGUUUACUUGUUGCUAGCUUGAUUGGUGUUUACUGAGGGACGGGCUGAAAAUAAAACAGGUUUUUGCUAAGUGCUACGUGUUGCUAGCGUCCAUGUAUAGACUAUAUGUCAUCGUCUUGCUAGCUUUGUGUGUUUAUUCCAGACCCCAGUAUAGUGUUUCCUCUUUGUAACGUUAGCAUACCGAGGAGGACGCAGGCUAAAUUAGACGUCUCCAGACGUGUGUGGAUUUGAAAGACAUGUGACGAGUCGUGCUGCUAUUUUUGACAAGAUUACAUACUCGGGUUCUCCGUUUACUUUUGUCUAAACAGUUUAAUCAACCGUUUUUUUUUUUUACAUUUUCCCUCAAUCUCUUUAAAUUUUAUAGACAGAUAAUGGACAGAGACUGAUUUAUCAGUGUUAGCGCUUGGGUUUAAUCAUUGUUUGUGCUAAUGGAGUUGGAUUCUUGAUGUUCAGGCUUCUGGUUUCCUUCAGGAGAAAGUUCUUCACACCUGUUCACCCAGCUUUAGUCCUAAAGUUCCUCUGGGUAGUGGCUUAGGAACCCAACUUGGUGUUUAGACUAAUUUUAGCAAGCUAAUUUUGUGUUGCUAAAAUGGUUUUGUUGGUUAGUGAGUUAACUUUGCUUUGUUUAUCAUUCAGUUAUUCAGCUUAACUAUGGUGACUUGGCUUAGCAAAGUACCCAUAAUCCUCCACACCACUAAGUGAACUGUGCCUUACUUUAGUACCCAUGCUAAAAUGUUUCAUUAAAUAAAAGUUACAAAUCACUGAGUUAUAAGAGGGAAAAAAACACUUCUAGAUAUGCUGUUAUAGGCUUCAGGUCAAUCAGAAAAAUAAUCAGCUUCAGGGUGGUAAGAGUAAAGUUCUGUGGCAAAGUUCUGUGGUUAACCAUGUGCCUUCGAGUUACUAAAGUGCUUUGACGGAUUAGCAAACUAACUUUUCAUCGCUAAUCUGACUUUGCCUGCCUACGUGGUUUGAGUUAGCAAGAUAACGGCGGAUUGUUGUUCGUUUGGUUAGCAAAACCUCACAUUACUAAAGUGUUAACCUAGCGAAAGUGUCACGAACUAGCGAACGUUCAUUACUAAAGUACUUCAAAGAAUUAGCGAGCUAACUUUUCUGUUUUUGCUUAAUUAGUCAUGCUACAUGCAAGUUGUUCAAUGGGUAGCAAGCUGACAUUUUGCUACUGAAAUAUUUUGCAUGACUAAGCAGUUUUUAUGUAUUAGCAAAGCUUUUUGUCUAUCUAAUUAGUUUGACAGGUUAUCUACAUAACUUUGCAUUAUUAAAUAAUUUGAAAGAUUAACAAAUGAAAAAUAGCUCCUAAAGAAAUCGUACACUCCAUGUGGUUGCCAUGGUGAACAGUGUUUAUCAGCGCGAUGAUACAUCACUCACCACGGAUGAUACAUCAAUUGAUUACAUGUCACUUUUGAGACGUUAGCCUUGAGCAAGCGCCUCGUCCAGACGACCAUUCUGCACAGCUUUGCCUUCGAUCGUCUUCUUUUCACAUCUCGUCUCUGGGUUUUAUUUUUCUCCUCAGUGAAUGUGAGAGAUCUGACUCAUCGGCUGAUGUUCGUCUUCACGCCGCAUAUCAACGGCGAAUUCGCCGUCUCACACGUGCACCAAUUAAACGCGCCGAAGUGCGACUUUUCACGGGAGCGAGCGUGAAAUCUCGCAGAUAAAAAUGACACCAAAUCUAAAUUCAGAGACACUCUCGCUUCUGAUCUGCAAAUGUAUCGGAGGAAAACAGAUUCAGGAAGCAACGUGAAAGCCAUCAAUAAGGCAUGUUUAUCACUCAAUAGACAUGCUAAGCUAAUUAUAAAUAAUUAUAUAGCUAUUAUUGUUUACUAUAUAUUUCUUAGCUUUAGAGGCUUCUCAGUAAGGAAACUUAUGAACUUUUAAAGGGUUCCACACGAAAUACAAACCGAAGAACCCUUUAGGAUGCUAAAAGAAACCUGUUUUUAUUAGCGUUUAUCUCUAGUGUAUCAUUUUUGCAUUGUACAUAUUGCAUUGUACUUCCUUCUGAAUGAACCAUUAGCGAACAAAUUUGCCGGGCUAAAGAGGUUUGAUGGAUUGGCAAGCUAACAUUCAUGGCAACAAUUUGCUUUGAUAAAUUAGCAAGGCAACAUUUUAUUAAGUUGUUUAAUCAAUUAGCAAGCUAACCAUCAAUAAAUAAGGUUGCUUUGAUGAGUUAGCAAAGUACAUUUUUUUAUUUUGAAAGAGUUUUGAUAGAUUAGCAAGGCAAACCUUUAUUACUAAAGCAAUAAAACUGAUUAGCAAGCUAACAAUCUGUUACUAAAAUGCUUUGACUAGUUAGCAAGGUUUUUUGUAGCUAAAGUAGUUUGAUGGAUUAGCAAAGCAAAGUUUUAUUGCUAAAGUGGCUUAAUUGAUUAAAGUGCAAUCAUUCUGUUACAAAAAAUGCUUCAAUAAUUUAGCAAGGUAAAUAUUUUUGUAUGUAAGUAGCCUUUAGCCAGGCAAAAUUUUAUUACUAAAUUAUGUAGCUAUAUUAGUAAUGCAGCAUUUUAUUUCUAAAGCGGCUUAAUCAAUUAGCAAGCUAAUGUUCCAUUAUUAAAAUGUGUUGGUGUGUUAGCAAGAUUGACAAGCCAAUUUUUUAGUGUAACCGAUUAGCAAGCUAACAUUUCUUUAUUGAAGUGCUUUGAUGAGUUUGCUGUGUAACUUUACUUUACUAAAGUGUAAAGUAUUUACAAGCUAAUUUUUAUGUUAUGGAAGAAAAGUGUGAAAACUGAAACAUGCUAAAAUUACAUGUUUAGUGAAGUAAUUUUGUAUGAAUAAUAUGAUUUAAUAGGUUAACAAGAUAACUUUGAAUUAUCCAGUAACUUUGCAUUACUAAAGAGUUUUGACGGAUUAGCAAGCUAACUAGUCAUUUUAACAUAUAACAUUUCUUUGCUAAUCUGACAAAAUAGUUUGAGUUAGCAAGAUGUCACUGUUACUAAAGCGGUACUUAAGAUAAUUUACUUUGAUAAAAAAUAGUUUGGUGAGUGAGCAAGUUAAAUUUGCAUGUCUAAUGACUUUUGAUAGAUUAGCCUGCUAGCUUUCCACGUGGUUUCAUGAGUUAGCUGCUAACUUGGUUUGGGCAUGCUAACUUUCCAUCAUGAGGUAAAUUUAGUUACAAAAGAGGUUAAGUUUGGUGUGGUUUUUAAUCACAAUGAAAAAAAAAAUUGCGUGUAUGUGUGUGUGUGUGUGUGAAACUUCAUUCUGGUUUUAUUAAUAUUCUGUUGCUGCAUUUGUUGAAGGUUACGACCUACAUGUGGUGAUUUGUGUAUCUCCCGGCUGUUUCUUAGCUUUUGUCCAUUUGUUAGCAUGGACCCCACACACACAGACACACACACAGAUGCUACGCUCUAGUGAUAAGAAUUCUGAACUCAUUCUGAACAGAGUGUUAGAUCAUUUGACUCACUGACCAAUAAGAGUCGACACUUUCAACUCCUAAAUGACUCAUUGCCAUAUUUUUUCCUAAAAUUAAAUAAAGUUUGAGAUAUUUUGACCUGUGCUUCUUCUUCUUGGCCUAAUUAUGGCUGACAUUGUUUCAUGAAAUCUUACAUUACUUCUAAUCACCAAAACAACCUGACUUUUUAAAAUCUGUGUAAAUAAUUGUAAAAUACGCACGUGCAUCAACAAAUACAAAAAGUAAGCAUCACUGCAUUGACGUUGUUGUGUCUGUGCUUCAUUUGGAAGAUUGAUUUUCGCUAUAUUAUAUAUAGAUAUAUAUAUAUAAAAUUAUAUAUUUUAUGACUGGUGGCCUUUUAUAAUACACUUUCCUCAUACGCACAGCUGAGAGUCAAAUAUACGACUCACGAUUCACACUAACAAAUGGCUCAGAUGUUGAAAGAUGUUGAAAAGACAUUCCCAGGGAAGCAUUUUGAUUUAAUUGCCCUUCAAGAAUAACAAAAAUUUCUAGAAAAAAAAAGGAAAAAAGGCUCAUAAAGGAAAAAAUAUUCACCUACAAGAGUCGAAUCAAAGAGUCGACUCAUUUGUGAACAACACAUCAUUAUUUUCAUGUGAAUCAUAUGAAUCAUAACCACUUGUACAAAAAAAGGAGGACAAAACACCCAGUAACUUUGACUUUGUUUCUCUCUCAUACAUACACACACACACACACACACACACACAUACACGAGGCGAGUCAUGUGAAAACGAUUCACAGUUUCUCCUCAGCAGGAUCAUCAGUUCCAUCAGUUGAUGAAGUUUAUUUUGAGCUCAUUCCGCAUUUUGAUGAGUCUAAUUUCAUCAAGGCUGUUAAGUGAGCCUCUUGGAUCUUGGCACAACAGAAUAUUUCUUCUAACAGGCUGAUAUUUCACACCACGCCAUAAUUCAAAACAUCAAUAUACGUUAAUGUAGGCAACGUAAUUUGUAUCUGUAGGAGUAACAUUAUCAAUCUGAUCUCUAAAUUAUUGCAGAUUCGUUUAUUUUUUUUUUCCCCCUUCAGAAUAGUUUUAUCUAUAUAUGCACAAAAGUUCCUAGUUGAAAAUGAGACUGUAGGAGAAUCAGAUUAUGGCCAUUGAUAUUCACAAGUUCCUCCAUCAUGCCACGGGCGAGCCUGGCAUUAUUAAAUCCCAGAACCGCAACAGAACUUUCUUUCUUGUCGAGCUAAGCACAAUUUUCAGGGACGGAACAAAGACUGUAAUGCGUCUUUACAUAACUUUUUUUUCCUCGUUCAGACUUAUAUUAGAAUGUGCUGCAGAAAAGUUACAUCGCUCCUCAUUUUUAAAUGAAUUACUAAAUAAUUUAACUAUCAUCUCAUUUUAAUUUUGCUUGUUUAUUAAAUUGUCUAAACAUAUGUUUGCAUCUACAGCACUUUUGGAGCACUUAAACACCAUUUUUGCCAUAAAAUUGUAAUCAUAUUAUAUAUAUUGAAUACUGGACUCUGAUUGGUCAAAAGGUCUGUCAACUAGCAAAGCUACUAGCUAGUAUAAAUAAAUAUUUUUUAGUAGCACUGUGGUAGCGUUUUCUUUUUUUUUUUUUUAACUUUUUUAAUCAAGUAGCUUGUAAGUAUUUUAUCAACUGAGUACUAGAGUACCACUGAUAUUAAUUUAAUUUAUAUUAUUUUUUUUUUAAAGUACACAAUACAAUACACAGCAUAUCAAUUAUUUCAGUAUCAAUCAUUUAAUUAUGCAAUUUUAUCUGAUUCAUCUAGCAAUUUGUAAUUGUUCCACAGAUUAUCGUUUCUAUAGCAACAGGAGAUGUUUAUUUAACAUUUAUGGAAGGAGUCUCCAGUGUCAGUGCCUCGCAGAAGGAUAAACUAUAACUGUGUGUGCGCUCGCUGGAGGUGACGGUCAGCCAGAGCAGUGUGCAGGUAGCCAGAGGCCAAGCGGCCAUCUUGCCCUGCACCUUCACCACCAGCGCCGCCCUCAACAAUCUGUACAUCAUCUGGAUGGUUACGCCGCUGUCCAACGCCAACCAACCUGAGCAGGUGAUUAUCUAUCAGAGUGGUCAGGUCUUCAGCCUCGCUAACCGUAUGAACAAUCGUGUGGGUUUUGUGGCCACGAUGCCCAGCACCAGCGCCUCCAUCUUCAUCAACAACACACAGCUGGCGGACACGGGGACAUACCAGUGCCUCGUGAACAACCUGCCCGACCGCGGGGGGCGAAACAUCGGCGUCAUCGGCCUCACCGUGCUCGUCCCUCCAUCUUUGCCCGUGUGUCGUAUUCAGGGUUCUCUCGAUGUCGGCAGUGAUGUCACACUGCUCUGUGGUUCUGAAGAGGGAAUUCCGACACCAACGUACUCAUGGGAGAAACUGGACUCGAUUCCCAAACUCCCUCUCGGUGCCAUGCUAGAUCAGAUGCAGGGCACGGUGAGUCUGAAGAACAUCAGCGUGGGGACAUCUGGUGUGUAUCAGUGCACCGCCUCCAACGCCAUCGGCACCAGCACGUGUCAGCUCAACCUGCAGGUGGUGACACCUCAGCCCCAGAGCGUCGGUCUCAUCGCUGGAACCAUCGUCUCUGGCGUCCUUGCGGUGGUGAUUUUCGCCCUGCUGGUGAUUGUUACGCUUUUCUACUGGAGGAACAAAAACCGCUACGAAGACGACGACAUCCCCAACGAAAUCAGAGAGGACGAUCUUCCGCCAAAGAGGUCAUCAUCGGUGAAGGCGUUCCAGGCGGAUGCCUCGUCCUCGGAGAACGACACACUCACCUCCACCAACACCUACAACAGCCGCUACUGGCACAACGCCAAAGCCAGCUAUGACGCCAACUCCUACACUCGCUACGACGGGCAAAGCUUCACAACUGGGGGCGGGACUGGUGCUGGAGGGGGUGGGGCCUACGCAAAUGGUGGGCACACUCUCCCAGCUCCCAAAACUCUGGUGGUCACCGCCAAUUCUGCGCCCAUUGUGACGCGCAGCAACGGUACACUGAGUCAGCGAGCUCCACCAGCCACGCCCCCACCUACUUCUGGCUCCGCCCACACACACGCGCCGAGCCGCACACACUCGUACGCCGUUAGCCAGGCGGCGCUGGAGCGCAUGGGUGCCGUGCCCGUCAUGGUUCCCGCUCAGAGCCGGGCGGGUUCUCUCGUCUAACGCCAACACGAGAUGGACAAACUGAAUUUUUACGAAUCUUUAUACAAAUGAUGCCAUCUCUUUUUUUUCCACUAAUGAACUACUGAUUUUACUGCGUGAGGUUUUUUUUCUACAUUAGCGAAUUUGCAAUAACAAUAAUAAUAAUAAUAAUAAUAAUAAUAAUAAUAAUAAUAAUAAUAAUAAUAAUGGCCAUCUGGGAAUCAGGAGGACGGCGUACGUGGUUUUGGGAACGUUUUGGAGAACAUUUGGAAUGUUUCCUUAAUUAAGCGAUCUGCAACAUGCAUGUGCAUCUCGACUGCACAAUAAUGUCAAUUUUCAGCCGCCAUUUUUAGAACAUUUAAGCUUAGCAACACUAUGUUUUGCUGUUGACUCGGGCCAUCUUUUCAGAUCGAAGCAAUAGUUAGAAAAUUUUACCGUAAAACACCUAAAAUGAUCUAAUUUAUUAGCAAUAUAAACACAGUGGAGUUCCAAAAAUCCAUAUGUACAGCUGGGAGUGUAAAUAAGAGAUGGGAAAAAAUGGGACGUAAAUGAAAUAAACGUUUGAUUUUAGUUGCUUUUGAUUUACAAACAGUUUGAAUACAUUUAUUUUGCAAUUGUUUAUUUUUUCAGUCAUUUCUUCCGUUUUUUUUGUUUGUUUCUUCCUUUUUAGGGUUUUUUUGGACAAUAAGUUGUGACAAAAUACAAAAAGCAUCCAGCCAAAUUUUGUCUAGUUAAAAGAUUUAUAAUAAUUAGCAUUAGUUUAAGUGUAAAGAUUACAAGGUUGAUGUUAGCAUUGGAUGCAUGGCUAGCAUUCGUAUAUUUCACAACAUCAUAAAUUCGUAAAUUUAACGAAACUCAACCGUUUCACUCUCACUUGUUAAAAUAUGCCUGAAUUUGCAAGUUGGAAAUGAUAGCUUCAUUGUGUAAGUGGCAUUGUUGUAACCAGGGAGCUUUAUUUCAAAUAAUGUUUUUUGACUACCCUUAAAACUGUAACCCAGACACACAGAUCGGCGUAGUAUACGUCCUUUUUUACAAACUUUAGCUACUUAAAAUUGUAGCAUAGAUUUUCACGAAGUCGAGUUUAAAAUCAUAAGAUGAAUUUAGUGAGUCCAAGUGAAGCCAAAAAUCACAAAAAAUUACUUAAGUUGGAUUUAAGGCCACGUCCAAGACCUGACAACCUUCACGCAUUUUACGUACGAACUCCGCAAAUAUAAAGUAACGUAACCUUUUUCUAAUAAAAAUCAUAAAAAUGAAUAAAAAUAGCAAAUAAAUCAAUUACCAUAUUAAUCUGGAAUGAUUGACAGCUGCGUAAGGGUUUUGAACUGUCAAUAUUAACUAAGCCCCAGAAGCCCCGCCCUCUUCUCAUUCACCUCACAUGCUUUCAGUAGGAUUUGCGAGGCGUUCUCGCUUUCUGUCACGGCAAAUGGAGAAUGUUUUGAGCUUGUUAAUAUGAAAGAAAAUCUAGCAGUGUGUGUUCCACUUAGCUAACAUUAUACAGGUAUAUAGCUAAUGUCAGUUAAAUAUAAUUAAUUCUGCGAAAAUAUUUAGCCCGAAAAAAAAAAGGUUCCAACUGAAAGAGCUAGCAUUUACAUUUGAACUAAAACAGACAAGCAGCAGCUUUACAGUUACUGUGGUUACCGUAAAACACCGUAUAUAGACACACUGUUUCUACCUUACACAGCUGAUUUGUAGAAGGAUGAUAUCGCAAACUACGAAUGUCAACUACUAUGAUUUUUUUCCUCUUCGUGUAAGUGACGUAUGACUGCAAAAAAUGUUACGUUAGGGCACCAUGCAGUUUAUCGAUAAAGCUAUAGACACAUAGCUUUUAUUUGUCAGAUCAUUAAUUUGACGCUAAUAAAAUUACUGGAUUUUUUUCCAUUCCAUGAUGUUCCGAGAAUUCAUGGUGUAGCAUAGCUAUCAUAAAAACACUGAAAAACAGGCAUGCUAGAAUAAUGAUAAGCGAAAAAAAUAAGGAAAUUGUUGUGAAUUGGUUAGAAGUUACAACCUUAGCAUCUUAACUCUGUUUAUAUUAUUUUCAAGAGAAUAGGACAAUUUUUCAACAAAAAAUAAAUAAAUAAAAAGACAAUUUAUAAUGUAUUGGUCACUUCUUAUAGUCCAAAAAAUAUGGUAAUAUGAUUUAAAAAAAAAAAAAAUGAUUCAUUUUUAAAAUAAGAAAUUCAGCAAUUUUCUUGUUGGAUUUUUUGUUUUUAUUUAAAAUUUUUGAUUUUAUAUAUAUAUUUUUUGUAUUAUUCUACUGUUUUGAACCCAUACAGAAGAUUAAGGGUUAAGUUGAAGAAAAAUAUGAACACUAAAAUGACAGUUUAAGAUGCCUCCUCAGUAACCACAUCUAUAAAAAAAAAAAUAAUAAAAAUCUGUCUUUGCACUGCAGUAUUAUUUUCCUCACUUUCUUGAUCCGUCUUAAUCCUUUUUUAAUUUGAGUCUUAUUGAGUGCCGAGUCUCUAAUUCAACACUACUGAUAAGCCUAGCCAUAGCCUACCUCUAAAAUAACUUGAAAUAAAAUAGCGUAUGCUUAGAUCG